CCCACUUCCAUCUCUAUCAAAUUUCCUCCGUUUCCCACCUCUUCAGCCGUCAACUCCCGCCGUCCACGGCAUCUCCACAUUUUAAAUCCCCCAUCAAAAGAGAUCAAUCAAUCCCACCUAAACAUGGCCUCUCCCAAGAAGCCAACCCCACUCUCAAUCCCCCUCCUCUUCCUCUUCCUCAUCACCAUCACCAUCACUUCCACCUCCGCAAAAACAUUCCGCUGCAGCACCAGCGGCGCCACCUGCCAAUCCGUGGUCGACUACCUCCCCCGCAACCGCACCACCCUCCGCGCCAUCCAAUCCCUCUUCUCCGUCCCCGACCUCCACUCCAUCCUCGGCGCCAACAACCUCCCCCUCAACACCACCGCAAACGACGUCGUCCCAGCCCAGCAGAAGCUCAGAAUCCCCUUCCCCUGCAUCUGCUGCAACGGCACCGGUGUCUCCAACGGCCGCCCCGUCUACACCGUGGUCCCCGGCGACGGCCUCUGGCACAUCGCCGCCGAGGUCUUCUCCAACAUCGUCAACUCAACCGAAAUUCAGUUGGCCAACGGGAUACAGAACCCCGAUUUGAUCCAGGUGGGCCAGAAUCUGACCAUUCCGCUGCCGUGCAGCUGCGAUGAGGUGGACGGGGAGGCGGUGGUCCACUACGGCCAUGAGGUGGUGGCCGGGAGCUCAAUUGAAGGGAUUGCUAAGCAGUAUAAUGUGUCUCAGGAGACGCUGAUGCAGCACAAUAGUUUCACUGGACCUCAAGAUCUUAAGGCUCAAGAUAUUAUUGAUGUUCCUUUGAAAGCUUGUUCUUCAAUGGUAAGCAAUAACUCGUUGGACUACCCUCUACUCGUCCCAAGCAAUGCCUACGUUGUCACUGCCAAUACUUGUGUGAAGUGCAAGUGUAACACUGCACUGAACUUGAGGCUACAAUGUGAACCUGCUGGGAUAAAUGCAUCAUGCCCCCUAAUCCGAUGUGAUGACUCACCAAAUUUGUUGCUUGGAAACACAACGUCUUCCGGUUGCAAUGCCACCACCUGUUCCUACUCCGGUUACAACACAACAGUACAAACUAUGGUGGAUUCGUUCUCAACUUGCCCCGCUCCUCCUGGCCCUGGUUCGUCUGCAACGACUUUGAAUGAUGCUUGGAGACUUGGGAUUUUCAUCAAUGCUGGCUUGCUUUGUUUGCUUUUUGUCUAAGUUGUUGCAAAUUGCUGAGGUGGCAGGAGAGUUUUUUAACAAUUUUUCAGUUUGGAUAUUGCUAAAUUUAUCCAAAUUUUAUUUGGGAAAUUGGAAUAUGUAAUUUUGUAAUGUGAAGUUACUUCAAUUACAUUUUGAUAUAUGAAUACCAAUCUUUUAUA